ACACACACACACAGAAUGAACUAGUGUUUCUCUUUAACAUAAUUUUCUGCUUCUCCUCCCACAUCAACCACGUAGCACACUAGUGUAAAUACUCAGCAGCAGUGGACCUACACUACUUGCUGCAGUGAGUUCCCCACACCAGCCCCCCAAAUGCGUUUACAUAAUUCAUAACCCAGCCUCAGAAUAAUAUACUGUAGCUCUUGCUGUGAAGAUUGCUCUAGAAAUAAGGAGUGAGUCUGAGUUGGCCAAUAUUCGUCCUCAUUUGGCUGUGUCUGGAUUUUGCCUCGCCUCAUUACAUUAAGAGUGCUGCAGCGGUUCUGACCCCUCCUCGGCUUUCAUCAGUACCGUCUCUGCACAACAAAAAGUCCCACACCGGGAUGCUGUGAUGCUGCCGUGCUGAUUGAUGCCGUGUCUCACACGCAGAGCACCAUGGCGCUGUAUCCGUCUCAGAUUAAGGCGUUUAAGAGAAGCGAGCCAAAAACACUAGGGGCAGUACAAAUCAUCAUUGGCUUGCUGACGGUCACGCUGAGUACGAUUGUGUAUAAACUGCACUUUCACAUCCAGCGGGAGGUCAUCAUCCUCAUUCUGAAUGGAGCGCAACUUCUUAUCACUGGAAUUGUCUUGGUUCAUGCUGGUAGAAGACCAUCCAAAUGCCUGGUGGGUACAACUAUUGUUUUGCAGUUGCUAACCGCAGCAUUUGAUAUUGUCGGAUUUGGUCUCAUAGCUCGACAUGUACCCUUUCGUGGGGAAUCCUACUAUUACAGAGACACUGAGUGGUGUUGUGACCCACGCCAUUCGGUGUGGGCUUGCUGUGGAGAAGGGGAUAAAGAGGGACAGAAGGAGUUUUUGGUGAAUGGAAUUUUGGGCACCUUGAUUGGCUCUUUGGUGUUGGUGUGUAUUAUCGGAUUGGUUGUGGCACUUUUCGGAGUAUAUGCCCUAUCUGUUAGUGCUAUUAAGGAGAUGACACCAAUUCCUAACUCUACUUCAAACACACAGUAUGGUGCUGGAGGACAGGCCAGGACUAAUGUGCGUAAUGGGAACUGAAAUCUCUCACAGGAUAAGGUCAACGAUUUUAGCACAGUUUCAUAUCAAUCAAAAGAAACAACUGCUUCCACUCUAAAUCCCCCCCACACACAAAAAAGUUUCAUGACAAUGUAAAUAAUUUGUAACAAUGUUAGCACCUGGUAUUUGGCUGUUUUCUCACUCUGCAAUAAAUUUUGAUGGAUAAAUAGUUGCUAGGACUUUAUUCCCUUUGCACUGAUAAGCAAGUUUGUUUGCAUGAAAAUGCUUAUAUAGUAUCAGUAAUGAGCAGGUUAUAGACAUGAAUGCUGUAAGAUUGUAUAGAAACAAAAAUGUUUAUAAAAUCUAGAUUUUUUAUUUGUAGAAAAAACGUAUGCUAACUUAUAUCCAAAUAGACAAAUUAUUAUUUGCAAAAUCCAUGUUUGUACUGGAAUACAAUAUAUAAAGUAUAAUAUAGUGUAUUAUUAAUGCAAGUCUGUGCUGGGGUGCUGUAGAACAUAAUUUGCAUGAAACAUCAGUCAAAUUCUGUGAUGUGAUGAGAGAAAAUAUUGAACAACAUUUAUUAAGCUACUCCAAAAGAAUCUACCAAGGAAUAUGGCAAACACAAAGAAAAACGUAAAGAUUACACACUAACAAUAUGCUAAGUACAGGAGUCAGUAUCUUUGUAAAGAUAUUUACAUUUACAUUUUCAAUCACCCAGCCUUGACAAACCUUUAAAAAAAAAAUUAAAGCUUGAUAAAUAUUGCCCAGUAUGUACAUGAGGGUGACGAUGUUUUAAUGAGAGAGAAUUGUCAAGUGUUAACAAAUGACUGGCAUUGCUUGGCUUUUUUGUCAUCCUGUUUUAUAUUUACUGAUACUUCAGGAAAGCUAUGAUGACUGCCAACUCUGUAAGUGCCACCACUUGUGACCAAAAUCAAUGGACACUAACAACAAAAAGUAAGAGGUUGAAGCCUCACUCAAGGGCUCAGCCGGUGUAAUCUUCUCUUGUGGUAGCAUGUUAUCAGUUCACAGUACUGUUUGUGUCAGUGUGUCAUUGCCUUUACAACAGCAUGUCAUGUCAACAGAUUUACAUUUUGCCUGUAUUCUUUGAUGUCUUUAUAUGUAGUGAUUGAAAAUCAUAGAUAACUUCAUGCGUGUUUAUGGAUGAUUGAUGUUUAAAAUAAACAUGAUUUGUUAGACAAA